UUUGUUUGUAUAUUUGUGUCAAAACAUUUGAAAUAUAUGAAAUAAAUGUAUAUCCCACAGUCCCACAGCACGCUGAAAAAUCUGCAAAAAACUGCAGUUUUUCUGCAAAGAAUCUGCAGAGAAACUGUAAAGAUUUUAUUGCAGAUCUGCAUCAGAUCUUUGGCCAAAUCUUGGCACAUCUGCAUUGCAGAAAAACUGCAGAUUGCAGAAUCUUUACAGAUUCUGCAAAGAUUUUUGCAGACAGAGUUUUUUUGGGUUGCCAACCUUGAACGGUUCAAGGUAAUGAUCUGGAGAAAGAACCAUCGUUGAGAGUCUCAACGAUGGUUCUUUCUCCAGAUCAUUUCUAAAGAUUUCACACUGGUGUGCCUAUGAGUCGGAAGACCACGGAGAGUGCUUCCAAUUGAUAAGUGUCAGUUGUCAAACUGAGGCAAAGAACAAGCGGUACAGAGCUGAACAAUUAAGUGGAGAUAGAUCUCUAUUAGUUCUAUUUGUAGUGCAAAUUUCAAGUCUCUAUCCCUUUCUGGUCAUGAGAUAUCAAACACCAAAGUUGCCUAAAAUCAUGAUUUUUGCUUGAUAUAUGAAAUACGAACGACCCAACCGUUCAAGCUGAAAGUUUUGUUGUGCAUAGAACUCAGUAGUAUGUACAUCCAGAAAAAAUUUGAGCUUGAUUGAUCAAGGCAUUCUUGAGACAAAUAUUUUGUUGUCAGACGUAAGUAACCCAAUAAAACUUCAAAUGUUGUCUGAAAUAAGAGAAAUAUAUUAGCAAUCAAAAUUUUAUUUCACAAAUUACCAUUCAAAAUGGAAGCGUAAUUUUAUCUGUGUAUAUCUUUAGAUGUUAAACAUGAUCCUACAAACAAUGUUACAGUAUAAUGCUAAUAUUAGUGGCUUUCAAGCCAAAUGAGUGAAAGAGCGUUUAAUCAAUAUUAUAUUUUCAACACUUUUAUUUGGAAAAGAUAGAACUCGAGCAUUAUUAUCUCUAUGAAAUAAUGAUGGACGUAAUGAUGAAAACAAUACAGCAUCACCCAGAUGUUUUUGAGAUGAUAAGAAAUACGCAGUAUAUCGUGAUACGGCUUUCUAACAAUUUCAGUCGUACAUGGUUGAUGGCUGAUAGGUGAACUGCAUUAUUUUCUACCUUCAAUAUGCAAUAUUGGUGUCUGUAAAUUCAUUAGUAAGAUGAAAAUCUUUUCACCAUAUAUUUAUUUUAUAAACGUUACUAAUUUUCAUUAGAAAUAUCUUUUUCCCUUCAUGCAGAAACCAUUUUCUAUUAACUCAUAACAACAACAUCAAUCUCUCUCUCUCUCUAGAUAUAUAUAAUACAUAUAUAAAUAUUUGUAGUUUUUCCUUCCCCAUCUGGUAAAGACGACAAACAGCAGUACAAGAAAAUCAGCAUUAUUCUAUUAAGAAAAUAUGUUUUCUAUGCUCUGGAUUCAUUCAUUCAUAUCUUUAAUCAUUUACAGCAUGACAAAAAUAAAUCCAAUCGCGAGUAAUACUAGAUAUUUUUUCAUGAUCUUCAUAUAUAUCUACUAUUUGUCUAUUAUCAGCCCAAGAGCAUUUGCUUUGUGAGCUUCGACACAAUCCCAAUUGUACAUCUUUGCUUUCUUUUCUUAUUUUUUUUUUGUUUCAUAAAUAGAAAAGAAAGAGAAAAAAAAUAGAUAGCAAAAAUGUUAUAGAUUAAUAUCAGACGAAGUACUAGUUUUGCUAAUGUUUCUUAUUUGUCGAUACAACCAAAAUAUCGGUCAAAGAAAAGAGAGAAGUCCAUUUAGACAUUUGUAUAAUAAUAUAAUAUCAAGCUCAAAUUUUUUUUUGACUAUACGUUCUUCUUGUUAUAUGCAUGUCAUAUUUCUCGGCAUUUUAUAAAAUAAUGAGUACAGUAUGGCAUACCAUAAAUCGAGCAUAUUUUUCUUUCUCCUUCUUUGACUGAUACAUCAUACAAUAUAACUCUAGAAAUAUUUUGACGUUAAUUGAGAAUUGUUUUGUAGUUCUUAUUCUUCUUUGAAAUGACCGGAUGUAUCGUCUGUCUGACUGAGUGACUGGUCGGUGUGUUUUGUACUAAAAAGAAGAAAAAAGAUAUUGUCUCAUUAAGCGAGAAAAGAAUUGUUUCAUAAAUCAUUUAAACAUCUAUAUUACACUAUACGAACAGCAUCACAACAACAACAACAACAAUUAUUGUUAAAUAUACAUGUGUGGAACUCGGCCAGAAGAUAAUAACAAUAAAAAGAAGAAGAAUAAAUGAAAUGGACAGUUUUUAUAACUACUGACUAUUAUUUAAACAAAUAUCUCGAUUAAACUAUUUUUAUUUUCUCAACAUAAUUAACUGAUGUUCAUCAAAUUUUUUAAUGGGUGAUCGGAAAACCGUUGUACUCAGAGGAGGAGCACCAUGGGGUUUUCGCCUUUCCGGUGGAGGGGGACCGAUUUAUAUAGCAAAGGUAGGAACGCAUGAUGUCGUUUAUCACCUCUAAUCAUGCAUGCCAUAUAAAGUCGUUCUAUUCCCUCACACAUAAAUAUGAUAAAAUUGAUGAAUAAAUAGAUAGCACUAUCAGUUGUGAGAUUAAAAGUUUCUCACAAAGUACUUCACAGAACUUUGCUAAUGUAUUUUUGUAGCAGAAAAUAAGAAUGUCAUAUCUGCUUAAACAAUAACAUUCCGAAUGAUGAGAAUCAUAAUAAAGAUAAACAGAUAUGCAUAGUUGUUUAUAAUUUUAUAAAAACUAAAUAUAUGAGACCUGCGCAUGGGACCAAAGACGUUUCCAACGUUCGCUCCUUUAGUGUCCACAACAACCGACAUUUCACUCAAAAUAUUGAUUUUCCAUCCAUUGUUUCCCUUAUGAUAGUAUUGCGUAGGAUUGACUCUUAAUAGUCUUAUCCUUCAAUAUUUGUUAAACAAAAGUUGCAGAGAAACUCUAAAUAAAUACGGAAUAAAGUUUUGAUGGCUAAUUUUUUUUUGGUGUUGAACAAGACGUAUCAACUACUCUAAUCAACGAGUCUAUAAUGUCAUUAUAUGACACAUAAUAACAAUAGUCGUUUUUAACUUUCUGUCCAGGUUCGCAGUAGAAGCAAAGCAGCUCUUGGUGAUCUUACAUCGGGUGAUACUGUUAUAUCGGUAAAUGGGAGUUCAGCUCAAUCAUUACGAGAAAUAAACGAUAUUAUUGAUGCUGCACGAGACCAAUUGAUCAUCGAAGUACAGAGUUCUACAUUUCCAAUACGCGGCGGUCGUCUAGACUCAAGCUCAAGUUUAGAUAAAGAAAAUAGUCCUGUUCGUUAUACGACCCGUACAACAACCCAAACGGAUUAUAAUAAAAAUCAACAUCAUAGGCCGUCAUAUUCCUCGUACUCACCCACGACACUCCUGGAGAAUUCUAAUUAUCGUAAUUUAAAUACUGAUCAACAACUUUAUACAGAUACUUACGGACGUUCGAUUAUAAAUCCAUUACCAGCGAUAUUUCAUACAGCCACUGUUACUGUUACAUCACCAACAGGCAAACAAUCGCAAUCACAAAGCAUAUACCAAUCAUCGCACGCAAAUUCAAGUUAUCAACCACAAAUCUAUCGUCCAUCAACAAACAAUUAUGAUAUACCCAAAAGCUAUUCAAGGUCAACCCAUGAUCAUGGUGGUUAUGCAUCGGAUACAAAUGAUAUGAGACAUUCUAAUAUAUCGACUCAACCUUAUGCUGUUAGUAAUCGUAGAGCAGUGAAUGUCACAACAAAUAUUCAACACAAUGUACCAUCAUCAACGUAUAACAUUAGUAAUAAUGAUGCAACUUAUCAUUCAGAUUCAGAAUACGUAACAAGUGGCCCAAGAUAUUACAAAAUAGCUCGACAAACAAAUUCAUCGAGACGGCCAAGUAAUGUCGUUCUGCCAAUUAAGUCAUUGUCUAGUAAAGCAUAUGAUAAUACGUCUUAUAUUCAACAACAGCAACCAACACCAUCUGUUCAACAUGCUGUUUCUCAUUUCGACUUCAAUCGAUAUCAACAACAACAGCAAAGUCAUCAUCAGGAAUCGCGACAAUUGCCGCAGUCUCAACAACGAUCUCACAUACAUCAUCUGCCACCACGUCUCGUUUUACCACAAAACGAUUAUGGAUAUAAACCAGAAGUUGAAAUUGAUCAAGAGCUGGGAGCUGAACUACUCAAAUCUCCUAUAACUAAUAAAAAACGAUAUGCUGAUUCAAGCUUUUUUACCACACCGUACAACACUUACCCAACCAUUGAAGAACAAAAGAAAAUGGCUCAUAAAAUUGCCAACAUCCUCGAGGGUGAUGAUCCACUGAGUAAAGGACAUACAAAAUUCGAACGUCAGAGAGAAAAGGCCAAUAAGUUUAUCGUAGAAGGAGAAUCAACAUCGAUUAACUCGAAUUAUCGUCCAUUGAAAUCGGUUCAAGCCAUAUCCCCUCGCUCCAAGUCAUCUACUAUUCCCGAAUGUAUUCAACACAGUCUCAAUGAAGCACAAUAUAUUAAUCCAUUGAGAUACGUUGGAGCCCCAGAAGAAUUCAAACAUAUACAUAUGCAGGAACAUGUGAUACAUAAUAGUGUGGCGCCACAACUAGCAGCUGGUCUCGUGGCAGAUUUAAAUGAAAAUCGUGGUAAAGGUGCAGCGUUGUUUCAAAAACGAAAAGCACGAUCUGAAAAAUGGGUGAUAGACGAAAAUAAUGUUAAAAAACAAUCAUAUCAACCAACAUCAAGUUAUAUUGGAGAAACAACAAAACCCUGGGGCCAAAGAGCGUCCAGCUCAUGGAGUGGCGACGAGUCUUAUUCAACUCCAUCGUAUUCGCCUGUUCGUCCAAUGUACUCAUUUGAUCAACAACUGCCUGAACCAACCGUGAUAUCUCCAGUGGGUCCAAGAUUUAGUGAUUUUAAUGUCAAGCCAAAAGGAUGGCAUUCAGAAAAUGUAAGUCUUCAAUCUCAGCGUCCUCCCGUGGUUGAUCAACGAAAAUCUAUUAAUCUAAAUAUCGGUCCAAGUAUUCGUGAGGGUAUAAUGGAGUCACAUACACGUAGCAAUUCUGUACCAUGGUCACCAUCGCCAACUGCGCAGAAGUCACAGGAACAAUUUUUCGCGCAACAACAACAACAGCAAUCACAAGAAGACGAAUAUUGGAGUAAUCAAAAAGAAAAUUUGCUUUCUAAAUGGAAAAAUCAAGAUUAUGUUCAAUUGAAUCAACAUCAACAGCAACAGAUACCAGUGACUCGUGAGGGUGUGGAAAAUUUACGACGUCAAUUAACGCAAAAUCAGGUACAAGAAGACCAUUAUAACGACGCAAUGAAAAAAGCAUAUGGAAUUGGACCACGAAAGUUUUUUGGAAGUCAUCCUCAAUUGCCAUCACAUCAACAAUCUCAAUCUCAACAGUAUCACAAUCAACAACAACAGCAACAUCAUUUUACGGAUUUAUAA